ACUGCGGGCCCGCGGCUCGGGCGGCUCCGGUGGCUCCGGCGGCUCUCGCUCGCUGCUCGUGCUCAGUGCCUGCCGGCGCCCGCGAGCCGCAUUGCCGCCCGGCUCGGCCCAUGCCCAGGGCUGCUGCUCCCUCCGCCGGCGCCCGGGGGGUCGCGGCGGCCGUGAGGUGGGGGCGGCCGCGGGGGGCGGCGGGGCUGGCCGCCGGCGCAGGGUCCGGGGGCACAGCGCGGCGGGCGUAGGUCUAUGUCGCGGGCGGCGGCGGCGGCGGCGGCCGCGGAGGGACGAUGCGCGAGUACAAAGUGGUGGUGCUGGGCUCGGGCGGGGUCGGCAAAUCCGCCCUGACCGUGCAGUUCGUGACCGGCACCUUUAUCGAGAAAUACGACCCCACCAUCGAGGACUUCUACCGCAAAGAGAUCGAGGUGGACUCGUCGCCGUCGGUGCUGGAGAUCCUGGACACGGCGGGCACCGAGCAGUUCGCGUCCAUGCGGGACCUGUACAUCAAGAACGGCCAGGGCUUCAUCCUCGUCUACAGCCUCGUCAACCAGCAGAGCUUCCAGGACAUCAAGCCCAUGCGGGACCAGAUCAUUCGAGUGAAGCGGUAUGAGAAAGUGCCAGUCAUCUUGGUUGGGAACAAAGUGGACCUGGAAAGUGAGAGAGAAGUGUCCUCCAAUGAAGGCAGAGCCCUUGCGGAAGAGUGGGGCUGCCCCUUUAUGGAGACUUCCGCUAAGAGCAAAACAAUGGUGGACGAACUGUUUGCGGAAAUCGUGAGGCAGAUGAACUAUGCCGCGCAGCCCGACAAAGAUGACCCGUGCUGUUCUGCAUGUAACAUACAAUAGCAUUCAAGUACGGCUGUCCUGGACAGGACCCGCCCACUACCGUAGGCGACACACACCUCGUCCGCCCGACUGCGGAGCUUGCAGGCUGUGUGGUGUGAAUCCACAGUGAAGUAGCAGCCCUUAUUCAGCAUUGAGCAGUGAUUGUCAGUUGCUAUCUCUGAGUAACAUUUGGGUUCAGUAACUCCAGUUUCCACCACGGGCCUCGGUCUCCUCUGUGCACCUGCAACUUGAAGGCAUAGCCAGUCGAUCUACAGGGUGAUCUCCUCCAAAAGCUAUGAUGGCCUUGUCGCUGGGUUGACAGAAGCACCUACUGUAUAAAUUAAAAAUAACCAUGAGAGAGAAUCCAGAAGAAUCCCUAUGACCACUUACAGUUAAAGUAUUUUGUCUUCUUUAAAAAAAUAAAUAAGUAAAGGAGAAAUAUUUUCCUAGGAGAGUACUGAAUUUCAGGACUUGAGAUAGUGCUUCUAACCAAUGUAUCCUGUCAAGUAAGAUAAUAACAACUGACCUGCCGACAGCAUUACAGGGAGCGAAUCUUCCCUCAGCUGACGUAUUCCUGUUUCUCAAAAUUGAUGCUUAAUUGUAGAUGUUAUCCCAGUCUGUGACACGCAACUAACUCGUGCAUCAGACCUUGAUAGAGCAGAAGUCAGAACAGGUUGUGGUAGGAAUACAGUCUGGCUUUAGAGUGUGUUAAAAUCACCUGCUUUGCCACAGAAGAUGGAGGCUCUCACAAGGGUUUGAUCCACAUUAAAACCCCAAGCCCACCCUCUGUUAACAAAGCAGGGAUGGUCUUAAUUACUUUACUGAACAAGAAGGAAGCAACUGUAAUGGGAAGAUUGCCUAGCCUUACUCACAAGACGCGUUCUGGUAGAUUAACUAGUACCAUCGUGUAAGGAAAAUGAAGCCAUGCCGCAUCCACAUGUUCCCAUUUGCAGAAACCUCACAGGACAGUACAGAUAUCUUGCAUUUUUAUGUUCGUUAAAGCAGCAAAUUCCUUCUUGCCUUUAAGGGCUAUGGUUGAGGUGUGAUUCUUGGCUAACCUGCUUUCGAAAUCAAGUUUGCUAUAGCGAGCUUAAUUGCAGGCAUCUAAAAAUUGAAUAACCAUGUGAAAUAAUUUGGGCUUAAAAGUAGAACAUAAAUUAUAGAGUGGAAGGCAAGGGACAAAAAAAACCCCCACAAAACCUUUUAUCUUUAAUUUUCCUGGGGAAUUAUAUAAAGAUUUUCUUAUAACAAUUUUGCCCUGAUUACUGAAGUGGCAAAGCUAGAGUGAAUAUUUUGUUUUGAAAAGGUGCUCAAGCUCUGACAUUUUUGGUUUUCAUAGCCGUGAAGUAUUUAUCAUUUGCAUGACUAAUGGCACAGGAAAAAACCUAUUCAUAAGUUUUUACAAUCAAGCGUAGAAGGGUUUUCAACGAACUUCAGAGUUAUAAAUGCUGAAGAGAGUAUCUUGAGCUAAUCCUCUGGAGAUAAAUCUGGCCUUCAGAACUGCACUAUCACUGAGCCUGCGAUUUGCGUACUUGCCUCACACUUUGUUGGCUUCACACACUUGUGCAAGUAACCUCUGGUCUUACGUGUGUACCUGAGAGAAGAGUGUGUGUUUGUGUGUGCAUGUGUGUUAACUGUUCCUAAGAAUUUGGCACAAGUCAGAGAUAAUUGCCUAUACUGAGAAUCCGUACUGCAGAAUAUCGUGUAUCAAAAAGCAUUUUUUUUCUUUUAAAUUAUUUGCGUGGGCUUUUUUUACACGUUAUGGAAAUCAUUGCUGGCCCCCAAAUGUUUAGUAAACUGGCAUUGAGCUUAGAGGUUAGCAAAAAGGUGGCUAGUACUUUUCACAGAUGAGAAAACAGAUAUGUGGGUACAGGUCGUGAUUGUGAAAAAUCUUUGAAUUGUGAAUAUUUGCAUUCUUCAACAUAUUUUUUUCUUACAAACCCCAAUUGGGAAGCACCUUGUUUACAGGACAGAAAGUUCUAACCCGUUUUCUUGAAACCAGUUUCGGUAUGUCGCAGUUGAUUCAACUGAAAACAUUUAGAGAAAUCAGAGAUUCAAGAAGUAUGAUUUGUCUACAGAAAUAGAAAUAUUUGCUAUUUGCUAGUGAAUCGGCUGAGAUUUGAAGCCUCUAACUUCUCAGAAUGAUUGUUUUUGUUUUUUUAGAAUUCCAUAUUUAACAGCAAUUUAUGACAACUAAGAUUACAUAUUAAAAACAUCUGUAAAGACUCCAAGUUUUACGUUAUGGAUUGCUAUGCAGACCAGAAAAAGAAGUUAAAUAAUAGGAAAGGUAUGGCAAAAACGUAAGGUGGAAAAGAUUAUUAUCUGCCCAUUCGGAUUUUCGUUGGGAAGUGUUUGUGUCAGACAAGAAGGCGGGCUUUUACUGUACAGACGUUGCCGAGAACCGAUCUGGCUGCCUGAUCAGUGUUGCCACAUCUCCCUCCGUGAUUAGUGAUAAAGCAUCAGAGAUCCCCAGAAACAUGGGCACCCUCUUGUGCCCUUCCUGUUGGUGUUUCAUCUGGUAGGAAUAUAACUGGGUUUGAAUGAAUGGGUUUGUGGAGAUGUUACUAACAAGCUGAAGAACAGGAUGGAAUGACACGACGUCACAGUGGCUACAAGAGAAAAGGCGGCGACCUUGCGUCGCUGUUGGUUUUAUGCCCUGAUCAGACUAGCAACUAGUUAAGUGAAAGUUUUUCUAACAUGCCUUAAAAGAUGUUAUGGUUUGAUCCAAAGACCCACUUUUUCUUUAGCUGUUUGUGAUAAGCUUUUCUUUUGUUUUCAUUUUGCCUCAUUUUACUUUCAACAAAGGCGGUGUUUUUUUAGAAGUUUUUUUUUUUUUUCUUUUUUGUUGCAGCUUUUUUGGGGGGGAGGGCAGGGUUGUUUUUAAGCUGUGAUAGUGAUGGUAACUGAUGCCUUUCGUUUUGUUCAAUUUACACCAACCAAGCCAGCAUCUGAUCAAAAGCAUUACAUAAAAUCUUCCUUAAACUAUUGAAAGGUGCUUCGACGAUUUUCUCCUUUGGUUUGUAAGAAUUAGAACUGAACUUUUGACUAAGCGCUUAGAGUUGCCAUCACUUCUGUGGUAAAACUACUGAUAUUUGCUUUUUCUUUAUAAGGAAAUGUUGCCUAAGGAUGUCUGCUGUUUGUUUUCAGGAGUUUUCCAGGGGGAAUGUUGUCUGCGUAUGUCUGAAUGUGAAAAGUACGUAUUUUGUUUGUUGCCAUUGGUUUUUUGGUUGGUUUGUUUUGUUUUUCAGUUGUUGUUCUUCUCACUAGUCUUGUGUUCACACUGGUAAGCUUUACUUGUCUCCUUGGCCAAUCAAAUGUUAAAGACUAUGGGGGUCUUUUUAUUUUAUUUUUUUUAAUUAACGUGUCAUUGUGCAUCUAUUAAAUCUUGAUCAGGGUUUCAAGAAUGACUGCAGUGGGUUUUGGAAACAGACUUAUCAUUAUUGAUUUGGGGUUUCCCAGAGAUAUAGUUCACAGUUAAUUGUUGAGCUCUAAUACAACUGACCAUUUAAAAUUGAACAACAGUUUAUUGUUUUGUAACAAUGUCAGUUGUUAAACCUUGACAUUUCAAUUAAAACAUGAAUUGUAGUUAUAACUCAAUGCAAAUUCAACAGUUGUAUUUGGAGUUAAAUUAUUUUAACAAAUAAAUUUAUUUAAUGAAACUUCCUCUGGA